UCGAAUCUCCCUUCCCAACCCGAAAGUGCGUUUCGGCCGAGCCUGGAGGGACCCAGCUGAAGCCUGGCCUGGGAGCCAGGAUGGCCACCCACAAAACCUUGCUGAUGUGCCUAGGACUGCCUCUCUUCCUCCCAGGAGCCUUGGCCCAGAGUCAUGCCCCACCUGGUUGCAGCCCAGACCUGGACCCCCUCUACUACAACCUUUGUGACCGCUCCGGAGCCUGGGGCAUUGUCUUAGAGGCAGUGGCCGGGGCGGGCAUCAUCACAACAUUUGUGCUAACCAUCAUCCUUGUGGCUAGCCUUCCGUUUGUGCAGGACACUAAGAAGCGGAGCCUCCUGGGGACCCAGGUGUUCUUCCUGCUGGGCACCCUGGGCCUCUUCUGCCUUGUGUUUGCCUGCGUGGUGAAGCCGGACUUCUCUACCUGUGCCUCUCGACGCUUCCUCUUUGGGGUCCUGUUUGCCAUCUGCUUCUCCUGCCUGGUUGCCCACAUCCUUUCCCUCAACUUCCUAGCCCGGAAGAACCAUGGGCCCCGAGGCUGGGUGAUCUUCACUGUGGCUCUGCUGCUCACCCUGGUGGAGGUCAUCAUUAACACCGAGUGGCUGAUCAUCACCCUGGUACGAGGAGGUGGCCAGGUUACCCCUCUGGUCAAUGGCAGUGCCGACUGGACCAUGACCUCCCCCUGUGCCAUUGCGAACAUGGACUUUGUCAUGGCCCUCAUCUAUGUGAUGCUGCUACUGCUGGGGGCCUUCCUAGGAGCCUGGCCCACCUUGUGUGGCCGCUUUAAGCGCUGGCGGAAGCACGGGGUCUUUGUGUUGCUCACCACAGCCAUCUCCAUUGCCAUCUGGGUGGUAUGGAUUGUCAUGUACACCUACGGCAACGAGCAGCACCAUAGCCCCACCUGGGAUGACCCCACGCUGGCCAUUGCCCUCGCUGCCAAUGCUUGGACCUUUGUCCUCUUCUAUGUCAUCCCUGAGGUCUCCCAGGUGACCAAACCUAGCCCAGAACAGAGCUACCAGGGGGACAUGUACCCUACUCGAGGGGUGGGCUAUGAGACCAUCCUGAAGGAGCAGACGGGCCAGAGCAUGUUUGUGGAGAACAAGGCAUUUUCUAUGGACGAACCAGCCUCAGCAAAGAGACCGGUGUCACCUUAUAGUGGCUACAAUGGACAGCUGCUGACCAGUGUGUACCAGCCCACCGAGAUGGCCCUGAUGCACAAAGGCCCGUCCGAAGGUGCAUACGAUGUCAUCCUCCCACGGGCCACCGCCAACAGCCAGGUGAUGGGCAGUGCCAACUCAACCCUACGAGCUGAAGACAUGUACCUGGUCCAGAGCCACCAGGUGGCCACACCACCAAAAGACGGCAAGAUCUCUCAGGAUCAGGCCCCGAACAAUAUAACAAGAUGGUAGAUGCCCUCUUCCCUGGACCACACCUCAUCCGGAUCUCUCAUUGCUCUGCCUCCAGCUGAGCAGGGCCCAGCAGCUUUCCCAUCUUUGUCCUUGGAGCUGGGAGGGACCAGAGGCCACCAGUUUGAAGCAGUGGACUGAGUGGGGACCUUGGGAUAGGCCUGAAGCACGUGACAUGCUCACAGGGCCUCCUGUCCCUUGCCCAUCCCAGCCUCCUGGUACCCAAGACACCACAGCUAUAGGGAGUUAACUAUUGACUUCCAUCUCCUGCCUUAACACAUCCCCCAGGUCACAGAGUCUUGUGUCCCCAUGUGGUUCUCCAGGUUAUUGUCCCGCUGUGAACGUCAGGUGCAUGACGGACCUUCUUGACCAUGUUGGUGACCUGUGUUAGUGUGUCUCACAAUGCACGUCAGAUGAAUCUUUGUGAGUCUCUGGAGAUAAGCCACACAGAAGUUGUCCCUUGCCCUACUUAGGGCUUGCUGCACCUCCUAGACUGGAAGGUCACUAGCUAGGUUGGGCAAGCUGUUUCUCAUGGCCUGAGGGUCCCAGGUCCCAACACCUUUGAACCUGGACUGAGUCUACUAUACCUUCAGUGGGUCGUGUCCCCUCACCAGGGCAGGACCAGUCUGCCUGUUCUGUCCUCACUGCUACCCAUCAGCAUUGAAGAUGGCAGUUACACCCGGGAAAGCUUUUGUCCUGCAGCCCUACUGCACAGAGAACCCCCAUCAGAGUUGAAGAGCCACAGGGGUGCUAGGACUUUGCACCAUUUCUAUAUCUCAGUUAAUCCCUUGGCUGAAUCACCCCCUACUCUGCUUUCCGGUUUCUGUGCCAGCUCCCAGGGCAGCUCCUGGGACAGGUGCAGAUGUGCAUGUCUCUGACUUACCCGGAUCUCACAGGUUCUGGAGGUACCUGCUUGGGUUACCAGGACAUACGUGGGUGGGGUCUGGCAGUACCCUUAGGAGACGGUGGGUGGGAGUCAGGGCUGCAUUCUCAGGGUGAAUUGAGCCUUUCCUGUGUCCGACUGGUGGGAUGUGGGCUCCAGGACUGCAGAUCGAUUAUGGAAAGUUUUCUUAAAUUUCUACCUCAGCUUGGGCAGCAGAUGUCCUUGGGACACCUGGACGUGCUCUGUUGCUUUCAUCAUUAGAGGAGUGUCCUUGGCCUUAGGAUAUGCACCCGAGGGAUUCGAUGGCCACCCAGGUCAGAGAGGGCCAUUUUUAGGCCUGCAAGCUGCUGGCACCAGCCGCUGAGAUGGCGUCAUGGUACCAGACCCUGGAACUGAGAUCUGCAGAGCAUCGUUCUUUGUUCUACGCUUGGGUACCAGACAGAGCCUCUUCUGGGGACCCCCCCUAAGUGUGCUAACCUGGCCCUUAGCCCAGUCCUGCUUAGUGCCAAGGUAGAUGAGUGGAUUCCCCGGAGGGCGCCCCGUGCCUAGUUCUCAUACUGUCCCCAGCAGCCUGUGCCUUUUAUCACUGGGUGAAAGAUUCCCAUAGAGUAAGAGUAUACCUCUGAAUGUGACUCACUCCUCCUGCCUUGAGCUCUCUUCUGAAUGACGAUGCUCAAUCCUUCCAUAAGGAAGGGGUCUCCACGCACCUCACGCUGUUCUUGAUCUAGAGCCUCAAGAUCUGCCGCAGUAAGUAAGGGACAAGUUUGCUGUCUUAAGUGAGUCCUUUAGGACUCACAAAGCCCCAGAUCCCUAGGUGUGUAUCCUGUGGCGGGUGUGGCUGUGUUUAAAGACCAAGUCCUGCCUGCAGAUGAAGCUGAGGAGUGAUGGGCUCCUGGAGGAUACAGGCCUGCCUGGAUUUAGGAGUGUCUUGGUUACCCUGCGUCUCCUAGUUCCGGUUCCAGUGGAGAAGUACAUUUUUUAGGAGGGUUGGGGGGUCUCCCAAUUGACAGCUCUGUAUCAUGCACAAGCCUUGAAUGGGAGACAUCUAGUAGGUCCAGGCUUGAUGCAAGCUCAUCAUCUGCAGGCCACUAUCCCUUGAUAGUUGUCACACUGACACUGUUAAAUCCUGUAGUGGAUGUAAAGGGAGGUUCUACCUUGUAACUACUCAGAAUUAAAUGACUGCCCUUUC